CUGACGGCGGCCUUGAGCGGGAAAGCGGCUCUGACUGCUGCUGCUGCGCUAGCUUCCAGCCAUGGCCGCGGCUCAGCCUCCGCCCGGGCCUGACGCGGCCAUGACGGUGAGCGGCUCGGUGCAGAAGUACGUGGCUAAGAAGAAGAAGGUGCUGAGCCCGGAGGAAGCGGAGCUGUACGAGCUGACGCAGGCGGCCGGCAUCCUCAUGGACCAGGAGGUGUUCAAGAUAAUUGUGGAUUUAUUAAAGAUGAAUGUGGCUCCAUUAGCCGUGUUCCAGAUGCUGAAGUCCAUGUGUGCCGGCCACAGGCUUACAGAUCCGGCUUCUGCCGAGGCAACUUCCACGACUGCACUGACUGCACAUGCAGAUAUAAGAGGAAGAAAUAAAUUGAACCCUCCUGCAAGCUCGAGUCAAGGCCUACCUGAGCGGACCGGUCGUGAAGGGUCAAGUCAGCGAGUGCCCCGCCAGUCUAGUGCUAGCCGUAUGCAGAAGAGCAGCAGCUCAGGGAAAAGCAGUGGAGGAAGCAGCACAUAGUGAAUACGGCCCAGUUGUCGGGCUGAUUGUUGGAAACAAACGCUGCAACAAACACUCAAUCCCGAUAAUCGGCCCCUGUUAAUGUGCUGCUGAUCUUUUGUGCAGCGCAUCAUUGUUUCUGGGCAUCAGAUUGUCCUGUGUGAACAACGAUCUGCUGCCCAGAAAUAAUUUGUUUGAGGAAGAGCGAUUGCAGUAGCCAUUACUAACCCCAUACAGUGGAGGUGAUCACUGCAUGUAAAUGCAGCUCUUUACCUCCACUGAGGAGCAGAGAGGUAUUAGGAAGGACCGGCCUCUUCCCGAUAAUUGCCUGCCAGGUCAGGCAGUGUAGAUCCAGCAUUAGUCACUUGUGAAUAGAAGAUACCUUUUCAUUUACAACCUCCUGGUAAGUAGGAGUGGUCCUAUAGGACGAUCCUUCCCAAACCGAUCUUCAAGGUAUCUCAUUGGGGAUUUAGAUAUUUUUGUAAUUCCACUAGAUUGAUGCACAGAAACAAUUGCUGGCCGAAAGUCGCGAUCUUCUGAUGAAUGGACAUUUGCCUGUAUAUUGGGUUAUCGUCAGCACCUUUUUACACCGGCCUAUUAUCAGGAGUGAGUGUUUGUACAAACUCAUCCCCAAUGAUUGGCCUGAUUAUCACUCCGUGUAAGGGAUGAGAUAUUGGCUGCAUGAUCUGAGUGAGUAACGCCAAGUGUUACUGAUAGGUUCUUGUACCUCAGGUUUUCCCGGAUGUCUUGUUAUGUACUGUUCCUGUGCCUUCCCGUUGUGUUAUAGCUUUCAUUGUCCAUAGUAAAGCCACCUAAUAAGCUGGUCGCUGCUAGUUCAGAUGUUUAAACCUCUGGAAAUCAGCUGUCAUUGGGAGAUGAGACUGGGGUCUUACACUCCACCUAUUCAGAUAAAUAGGCAGCCAUGUAGUACUUGGUUGCAGCAAGAUCACCCGUGCGGCAGCCAGACUUUGCCCUUUAAGAUCUGCUUGCUUGACGUGCUUACGGCCGUAUAAUAACGCUCUACAAGUUCUCAGUUGGACAGAGCCGGAAUACAGCACCCAUGCAAGUAUAAGGGCCCUUACAUUACCUCCAUAUGCCUUGGAACUGGGGCAUAUGAAUGACAGAAAAUGAGACUGUGACAUCUCUCCACCUUUUUUCUCCUGAAGCAUUGCUAUGUGCCUGUGACAACUUUGGCUUCAUUGCAGCCGCACUUUUUACCACUGUCACCACGUGUGUGUGCCACCCACGUCACAAGGUUUUCAGACUUUCCUUCUCCUGAAAUAU